AGCCAAUCAGCGCUCGGCUUACAUGACACUGCACAGCUGGAAGGAAGCGAUGUGUACUGUGUGUGCGGUGUGCCCGGUGUCAGCUGAUCGCCUCCAUCCCUCCCCCGAUCACACCUGGUGAUGCUUCUGUGCCCGGAGUGUAGCCGGGGAACACACACACCCGACCCCCCCCUGUACCGGGAUCCGGCCUCCGAUCACUGCUGACAAGGGUGUGUCCGAUGUUUCCGUCGAAAUUCGUUAAACAAAUUUGGAAACAAAACAAAUUGCAUAUGUCUAAUAUGUAAUGUACUAGAAAAUAAUGAUGAAGGAGAGUUUAUAGGAAAGAUGGACAACACUUGUGGUUCCAGACCAGAGCAUAUUAAAAAUAGCAGGGAAACAACCAUGAGUACUGAACUGAAUAUCCCAGUGGAUCCUUCAACCCCUGCAGUCUCUGAGCGGGAGAACAAAGGCAUGGACUACAGAGACUGGGUGAGACGCAGUUACCUGGAGCUAGUCACGUCCAAUCAUCACUCUGUGCAGGCCUUGUCCUGGAGGAAACUCUAUCUCAGCAGAGCCAAGCUAAAAGCCUCCAGCAGGACCUCUGCUUUGCUUUCUGGAUUUGCAAUGGUGGCAAUGGUGGAGGUCCAACUAGAGAUGAAAUAUGACUACCCCCAGCCAUUGCUCGUGGCAUUUAGUGCCUGCACUACUGUACUGGUGGCUGUUCACCUAUUUGCACUUCUGAUCAGCACAUGUAUCCUUCCAAAUGUUGAGGCUGUGAGUAAUAUCCACAACCUGAACUCUGUCAACGAAUCCCCACAUGAUCGCAUGCAUUACUAUAUUGAGCUAGCCUGGGGCUUCUCCACAGCUCUCGGGAUUCUCCUCUUUUUGGCUGAGGUGGUUCUUCUUUGCUGGAUUAAGUUCUUACCCAUCGACUCUCCCCAAGUCCGCAAUGAAACAGCCACCUCUCAGAAACCAAGUGGAAAUGCGGGAUGGAACUCUGCACUCGUCUCCACCAUCAUCAUGGUCCCCGUUGGUAUCAUCUUUGUCAUAUUCACCAUUCACUUUUAUCGCACGUUGGUGAGGCACAAAACUGAGCGCCACCACCGAGAAAUCGAAGAGCUCCACAAACUGAAAAUCCAGCUAGAUGGGCAUGACCGGGGCAUAAAUGUGGUGUGAAGAUGGAGAAGCGACAAAGUUAUUCAGCAAGUGCCACUGGUCUACCCAUCGAUCUGUUGCUGAGCAGUUUGGAAAGCUUGGGCUUUUUACAGUGCCCAGACUUAUAGCCAAGUGGCUAAAAGAUUGAAUUCCUCCAUGCUGCAGCUUAUAUGUAUAUUCCUACGCCUACUACUGAAAAUGAAUAUAGGAGAAAAGGGAAAAAUCAAAAAUUUUGUUAUAAGAAUGGAAGCAUCUAUAUACAGUUCUAGGCAAAUACUAUACAAUUGCAAAACAUUUAUAAGUGCCAUCAACAUUUUCAAAGUAAACUGUACUUUCCCCCCUAGGGCAAAGAAACGGGUUACAUUUAAUGUAGACCUCCUUAGCAAUGUAUACUUACCUUCCUUUCACUUACUCACUACUCCGUUCAACCUCCAGGAGUGAAGGAGAGACCUGUGUAAGCUACAGGCCGCUCUAGUCAUAGAAUGCAAAAGGCAAUGAACUCACCAUGUGGCAGAGCUGUAACAUGGAGUAAAUCACAAGCUCUUUUUAUACCUGAAAGUGCCAUGUAUUUUAAUCAGCUCCUGGCGCUAAACGGAUCAGUGGUGUAUUUAAAGAAAAGAUAAGUAUAUGUUCUGGGACUUCGAGUAAAGCACAUGUUUGCUUUAAAGAGGGUCCAAAGCCAAAAACUGAAAUGUAAUAUAUUGUAGUUUACCAGUC